ACUCAUCCACUCGAACUACCUGAUCCCUGCAUCCGGAGUCCGGGCCCGGCCCGAGUAGGCCAUUCGCUCGCCGCAUCUCGCCCAUUCCGUUCCGGGGCAUUGCACGAACGAAAACCGAACAGACAAGAAUCGUGCCCCGGGGCGAGAUAUGCCCGUCCCGAUAGCUACCAUGGAUCUCAGGCGCAAGAAGGUCACCCGGCUGAUGCCCUUGACCAUGGCCGCCUCGCCCGUGUCUGAUGCCACCCUUCCGAGCCCUGCCGUCAGCACGCCAGGCUCUCCCACGAGUUCCGAGGGCGGCGACCGUCACCACACCAGGAGCUUCUCCCUCCACUCUUUAAAGGACAGGGGGUGGCGCCCCUUUGGCAGUCGGGAAUCCAUCUCGGAAUCAGUAACAAUCGGCAGUGGCAGUCUCGUCAGGGGGACAAGCUCACACAGCCGGAGACUCUCCAAAUCGCGGCCCCAUUCAGCUUCCCCUUUCGAUAGCCUCAACAGGCGGAGCUCGGGUUUCUCUGACGACUUCGGCCGCCUCUCGCUUGUUGACACCAUGAGCACAACGUCAUCCUCGAUGAUCGAUUGGGCUUCGCAAAAUAUCAUGGGCUCUGCGGCCCUAGAGCGAGACACGCAGCUGCUAAGGUCAAAAAACCCCUAUCUCGUCGUGACUACAGACUACCUGAUGAAGCUGAAGAGCCACGCCGACGUCCUCGGCGCAUUUCCGCCUCGAAAUUCCGAGGAAGGCGCCGGGGCCACUCAACCUGAAGGUGUGGCCGCCGCCUCGACCGCGCCCGAACCCGCGGUUUUAAUCCCGGUCGCUUCUAUCGUGUCUGUUUUCCCUGCCGAGACCACGAGACCGUCAUUUGGGAUCGAAGUGUGGUGGAGGAGCCCUUCCGGAUUUUCGUUCCAGCAUACAGUGUUUUGCUUCAACCUCCCGGCGGAGCGAAACGAGCAGAUGCACAAUAUUCUACGGGCCAUGCGAGAGGAGAGCAACAGCGCCGACUACGACUCGGCAACGCGCCAUUCCCCAGACCUCCUCGUCCUCUUAAGAGCUGUACAGGAGGCCGAAGAACCGUUGUUCAAGCAUCAGAAACUCGAGAUUUUUCCCGUCGCUCCUCGAGGGCUUACGCGAAUGGAAUGUAACCCCAAGGCGGAGGAGGCGUCGUCGUCAAAGAAAUCACAGGAGGGCCCGGCUAUUUACUUGGUGGUCGGCACUUAUCUCUGCUAUCUUAUCGAGAUUCAAAAGGGCGCCAAAGGCGGCGAGCCUUUUAGUCGGCACAGGAAAUUCGGGAUACUAACGCUGGAAAACUUGCGGGGAGACUGGACACUUCACCAGGAGAGGUUCAACAUGACGUUUCGAGACCCUUUUCGGUCACCCGUAACUCUAGAGCUCGCUAGCCGCUACUACCGGCAUAUCAUUCGUAUCUUUGGCACCGCCGACCGUUUCUUGAAGCCGGUGUGGCCGCAGCUAUGGCAGACGUUGGAGGUCCAUCACAUCUCGGGACUCAAGGAGCCCCAGUAUCUUGUUCCUCGGGACGACUUUGGAAGCAUCAAGAGAACUCUAGACGCGUAUUUGGCCGCCUACCAUUGCGAUGUUGUUGAUUGGGAAAUCAACUGGAAGAGCAAAUAUGCGCCCGAGUUCCGGCUGCUACCUCCCAAGAACGCGGCUCAUUACUCGCCAUUGCAGCUCUUGGCCGUGUUACGGGCCUUGCGCUAUAACGACUAUUUCAACUCGCUCUCCUUCCGUGAUAUCAACCUUGCCGUUCUUUGGGGUGUCGAAGACAGUUAUGUCUCCAAAUUCCAACUAAUCAAACCUUCAAAUGUCGCCUAUCUGAAUCGCACUUGUGUUACCCUCGACCCCGACGAGGUUGAAGUUGUCAAGAGGAGUUCCCUCCUACAUCAAGAAUUCCACGCCCUGGCGUUUUGCUCAGAAAACAUCCGCCAGAUCGAUUUCACCAACUCAUCCGCGUCACUCUCGUCAUACUUGGCAAGACCAGCCAACUACAACACUGCAAACCUGCAAUACCUAACCCCUAUAUUGACCCUGCUAAAAUCCGGCCUUACGAGAUGUAACCGCUUCAAUCUCAGCGGAAACACGCUCCAUCGAUCCGACAUUCAAGAUCUCGCCGAGUCCCUGAAAACUGGGAGCAUUCAAGCUCUUGACGUGUCUUGCUGCGGGCUAGACGAUAUGGCGUUGCGCGACUUGAUCGUCGGCCCUUUCUUGGAAGAUCCACAGACACUCCAAUCUCUGAAUCUCUCUGGAAAUCCCGGUCGUCUACCCGCACGCCUCCUCCACCGCAUACUCAUGAACCUCACCAGAAUUAAGGAGUUGAACCUUGGUGGGAGUAUUCAAGGCAACAUCGAUGGUGCUUUGAUACCAUACGAGACCCUGAUUUGUCUUGAUCUUCUCGAAGAACUUGACAUUUCAAACUUCAAGCACAAUGAUGCAACUAUGUUGGACCUGGAAAGGUUUCUUCGGUACAGGAGCCAGAAGAUGGACGACCAAGAGCCCUUGCCUUUUCGGAAGCUUGUUCUCAAUCACUGCGGUAUCACGGGGAAACAAGCCGCACGACUCUUCGAUGCCAUUGGCGAAGACCAUGGCCUACAGCUAUUCAUCAACGGUAACCCAAUCGAGGAGGGUUUGGAGGGCUUGACAGGCGUUAUUCGGCUUGGCAGGGGUCCAAUCGGCCUGAAUAUGGAGAUGGUAGAGUUCAAGACUGAGAGCCAGUACUUGGCUCUAAUUCAGGCGCUGACCGAGACAAAACACUUGAAUUUCCUCAGCCUGGUAGGCACAGCGCCGACGUUCCCACAUCAAGGACCCUGCAGCCAGCAAAUGAUACGGGCGUUUGAGGAAUUCUUCUCCCGCAAUCGAUCUAUCCGCUUUCUGGACUUGUCCGGAUUUUGCGGCAAACUAGAAGAUGGGCAACUGGCUAAAGGCUUUGGACACUCACUCAUCGGCCUCAUAAAGAAUCAGACCAUGACGCACUUGAGAAUUCGGAACCAAGAUCUGCACGAAGAUGCCGGCACCAUUGGGCGCGUUCUGAGCUAUAACCGCCACCUAGUUGUGCUUGACUGCCAGGACAAUAACUUCAAUCUAACGAGCCUACAAUUCCUUGUCGAAAGCCUCAAGAACAACAACACUAUCGUGGACUUUCCUUUUUCUGCGGCCGAGCGGGAGUCGAUCUGGCAGAACAUUUUACGCGGGCUGCAGAGAAGGGCUCCUGCCCACCGCCGAAGCUCGUCCGCGACGGUAGCAAAGGGAAGCGCCAAUAACAACAGCGGGGGCAAGGAUCAGUUCAAAAUGGAAGAGAGCAUGCUCCGGGCCGUAUUCGAACGGCAAUUCGAGGACAUCGACAUGCACGUACGGCGGAACCGCAAGCUGCUCGAAGGCGCCUCGGGGCUGGCGCUGGACAUGUUAUUCGACUCGUCCACGGACAGCGUACCAACUACGGCAAUCCUGGGAAGAGGAACCGACUACGCAGAGGGUUGGCCAUCCAUUCCGAUACUGGAGGAACUGCUGAGCGGCAGCACGAGCAAAAGAAAAACGAAAGAAAGGGCCGGGAGCGAGGUAGCCUCACGCCCCACGUAUAAUCUGGGCGGCGAUGGCGUAGGAGACGGCGACGGAGACGGAGACAGGAACACCCCCACGGCGCCAGACAUCACAUGUGAUAAGAGGCGGCCCACGAUUCACUCGUCGACCAUGGCUGCUGCAAGCUCACCGCCCGUGCCGUACCACGUUCUUCAGCACCACGACGGUAUAGAGAGUCCGACCGAAACCCUCGACCCCGCGUCCGAGAUUUCGACUCCGCCCGAGGUCGGCAGUCCGACCCUGCCCGGGGCCCAGGACCAGGCGUUCAAGCAGAUGAUGAAUGAGUUCAAGUCGUCGGGUUUCGAGUGUUAGCGGCGCCAACAGCAUUUUCGGCGUUGGCCAGACCCCUUUUUUUCUCCAUUCGUUUUCCAGUGCUGGCUGAAGAAGCGUGGAGAGAGGUGAAGCAUGGCGGCGUUCUUCUGUGAUAUCCAUAGACGAGAGGGGCAGCCGGGUGACUGCUGGACUUAAG